CUCUGCACCCUGGGGCAUCCAUGAUGGUCACAUGGUUUGCGCUUCACUGAUGACAGGGAACUUUUCAGACGCUCCCUUGGCCGUGCGCCCGGGCCGAGAACGGCGAUGUCACUUGCGAGCAGCUCCCUGGGCCGGAGGAAGGAGGGCGCAGGCCCAGGCUAGGCGGCGGCUGUCGGAGGCCGGCCCGGAGGGGUGGGGGCGGCGUGGAGGAGGUGGAGGUUGGCGGUCACCUCCGCUCCAGCUCAGCUGUCAUGUCCCGCCAGGCGAAGGAUGACUUCUUGCGGCACUACACCGUCUCCGACCCCAGGACCCACCCCAAGGGCUACACCGAGUACAAAGUAACCGCGCAGUUCAUCUCAAAGAAGGACCCAGAGGAUGUCAAAGAGGUGGUGAUCUGGAAGCGGUACAGCGACUUCCGCAAGCUGCACGGAGACCUGGCCUACACCCACCGCAACCUCUUCCGCCGCCUCGAGGAGUUCCCCGCUUUCCCCCAGGCGCAGGUGUUUGGCCGGUUCGAAGCCUCAGUGAUCGAGGAGCGGCGCAAGGGGGCAGAGGACUUGCUGCGCUUCACUGUGCACAUACCUGCGCUCAACAACAGCCCCCAGCUCAAGGAGUUCUUCCGGGGGGGAGAGGUGACACAGCCCUCGGAGGUAUCCAGGGACCUGCACAUCCUGCCACCCCCUCUGAUCCCCACCCCACCUCCUGAUGAGCCCCGACUACCCCAGCCACUCCCUGCAGAAAGGAAGGGCCUUGAGGAGCUGGAGGUGCCAGCGGACCCCCCACCGUCCAGCCCUGCACAGGAGGCCCUGGAUCUCCUCUUUAACUGUGGGAGCGCCGAGGAAGCGUCCAGUUCCCCUGCCCGAGGACCCCUCACGGAGGCUGAGCUUGCCCUAUUCGACCCCUUCUCCAAGGAAGGCUGGAAGUGCAGUUUUCUCAGACCCUGCCUCAUGUCCUUGCCCUGCCGUCGUGGGCAGCUCCAGCAAGCCUCUCACCACUGGAAUCCUCCAGUCUCCCUUCCUCAACCAGACCCCUAAAACCAAGUGUUCAGGUAUCCCAGGCAGUCUUCUGCCUGCCCCAUGGGCAACAGAGGGAGGGCUGCAGGCCCAGCCGGGAGCUGUCCUUCCAUAGGCCCCGGUCUUCUCAGGGCUCUUGUGGAACUCCUCACUUGGAUGAGGCUGGGGAGAUGACCAUCCCCUGCCUCCCCAGGAUGGUGGGGAGUCAUGGUGCUCCCUGUUCCUGUCCCUGCACCUUCCCUUCAAAGGCCUUUGCUCCGUAGAUUUAAGAGAUUUCUAGGUGCCUCACAUGUAAGCUGCAGGGAGGAUGUCUGACCGCCCCCUAGCCAGUACGGGAGGGUAUGAUAAGCCCCUCACUCUGGAAUGUGAGGAUACCUGCAUCCCACUGUCUUCACAUUUGAGGGCCUCAGCUGGAAUUGCAAGACCUCAGGAAAGCCCUGAGAUUCUCUGAAUCCAUUAUUCUAAGAUUAUUCCAAGGCUUGGAGUAUUUUUACCCUUGGCCUGAUGCAGUUGGCCUAGCAUCCUUCAGUUAAACUUUGUAGAGGGAAUCCUUGGAUUUCUAGGUUAACUGGAGUCAGGAGAGAAAUAGGACCAGUGAUCCAGAGCUCAUAAACUAAUGUGUACCUAAAGAAAGAAGUAGGAAGGUAAGGCUUCCUACUGAACCCCACUGACCAAAUAGAUUGUGGCUAGUUUGCUAUACACAGGCAACUUCUGGAUUGCCCAGGAAUCACUCCCCUCUACUGGGGACAGAUACCCUUAUGGGCAAGAGAGGUCUGGGGGUGGGCAGCGGGUCCUGGGAAAGGAAGGGCCAGUCUGGCCUGAGUCCUCUUUAUUUGAUGGCAGCAGGCGCAGGCCCCAGCCCCACCCACAUAGGUGAGCUGGCAUCAGUGGAAGUAGAGUCGGAAAGACUGGACCAGGAACCCUGGGAGCCAGGAGG